AUGGCUUGUCUCAACAUCAGACCAGUUGAGGCACUGAUCGACGAGAGAAUUUCUAUCACAGUGAAUGGUCUUCGUCCACUACAGCGUGUGACAGUGCAAGCACUUGUUGCAGAAGGAAGCAGUGUUGACAACAUGGGCCUGUUCUGGAGUAUGAAGUCUGUUCCAGGGGUGUCAAUGAGCCCUCUUCUUAGACAGGUGGAUGUGACAACACCUCUUCUCUUCAAAAUCACUGUCAUAGAUGACCACAUCCCAUUAUCCAACCUCACGCUUCCAAAGACAAUUGUGCUGACGACAGGCGAGUUAAAACGCUGGUACAAACUCGAGGUGAGUAGGAUCGUCGUACGUGAAGCUUCCCUAAGAGGAAGUCUCUUCUUGCCCGAAGGUGACGGGCCUUUUCCUGGAGUGAUCGACAUGUUUGGUGUUGGAGGACUGGUUGAGUUUCGUGCUGCACUGUUGGCUUCUAGAGGUUUUGCUGUCUUUGCGCUAGCCUACUGUGGAUACGAUGAUCUCCCAAACUCAUUGUCCGACCUUGAGAUUGAUUACUUUGUUAAUGCUGUUGACUGGAUGGCUUCCCAUCCCUUUGUACUGGGUCCAGGUAUUGGAGUGGUCGGAGUCUCUAAGGGAGCUCAACUAGCCUUCUUGCUUGGCAUGACCACUGAUAAGGCGUGGACGAAUAAUGCCCAAAUAUUGUACUUGUGUGGUGACGAUGAUGAGACAUGGUCGACUGACUAUGCAAGAAAAUUCGUAAAGAUGAGUCCUGAAGAAAAGAGGAAAAACAUUGAACUUGUCAUCUAUCAGGGAGCAGGUCACCUCAUCGAACCACCAUUCAUGCCAGUGUGUAGAGCAAUAACUACCACAAAUAUGCCGGUAAGCCUAACGCUGGUGAUGGGUGGACAAGUUGAAGCUCAUGCUGCAGCCCAAGAGGAUGCCUGGAAAAGACUUCUCGACUUUCUUCACAAGCAUCUGUCACAGGAGCAUCACCCUCUGUCGAUUGUAACUGACACAACACUGGAUUGUUCCCUGAAAAGACUUUGUUCUUAG